CACAGUAAGAGAGACAAAACGAGUGGCAGAAAGAGUGGGGAAGAGACAGAGAGAGAGACAGUGAGAGAAGAAAGAGAGAGAGAGAGACAGAGAGUGAAAGAGACCGAGUGACAGGGUGGUCCCUCCAGCCUCUCGGUCCUGCAGCUUCCUGGCCGGAUUAACUGUGCUUUUCUGGUGGAGACGGAAUGCAGAGCCCGGGAAGUAGGGGUUGUGACGGCCGCUGAGAUGCUUCCUGUCCCCGGGUUCGGGGGCCGAUGUUCUGGGGACAUGGAGCCCAAGACAAUUCUGAUGCUCAUGGCGAUCUGUCUGUCCUCCGCUAUCGGCUCCAAGCUCCUGAGCGGUCAGAACGUAUGUCGCAGGGGGGUCGAGCGUCCAUGUUACAAAAUCGCCUAUUUUCAAGAUGCGUCACGCAGGUUAAUGUUCGAGGAAGCACGGAUUGCAUGUCAGAGUGACGGAGGGAACCUCUUGAGCAUUGAGACGGCAAAUGAGCAGCGGUUUAUCGAGAGGUUGAUCCAAGGCUUGUCAGCGGGCGAUGGCGAUUUCUGGAUCGGACUCUGGCGGACAGAGCGUGGGAACGUGAGCUCAGCAGACUGUUCUGGUCUGUAUCAGUGGCUUGAUGGCAGUGAUACCAAGUUUAGAAACUGGUAUGUGGAUGAGCCGUCAUGUGGUAGCGAGGUGUGUGUCGUGAUGUAUCACCAACCCUCUGCCUCCUCAGGAAUGGGGGGUCCGUAUCUUUACCAAUGGAACGAUGACCGAUGCAACAUGAAGAACAACUUCAUCUGCAAAUACACUCCAGUUCGAGGCUCCUUGACCCCGAGUUCAACACCCAUUCCCACUGAUGGUAACAGCUCUGAUGUGGAUGAUUCCACGGUCACUAAUGUCACUUUUGUCGAGAGUGAGAAGGAUUCAACUGAAAUUAUUGGCCAAUCAGAAGACAGCACCCUCAACAUCCUCUACAUCAUCAUCCCGACAAUCCCACUGCUCAUCCUCCUCCUGCUGUUUAGCACAGUCUUUUGUUUCCGUCUCUUUGUGAGAAGGAGGAAGGAGAGAUGUGAAACAGUAGUGAAGGAGCACAACUUCUGGAUGGAGCCCAUCAGAAGCAAUUCGCCAAACCUGGAGAUUUACAAUGUCAUCAGGAAGCAGUCAGAGGCUGAUUUAGCUGGAACGCGACCCCAAAUAAAAAACACGUCUUUCCGAACGUCUCCUCCCAGCCAAGACCUGGAUAAUGUUUCCAGGGAAUAUGACAAUGUUGGCGGCAACUGUUCCUCAAGCGGCUUUGUAACAAAUGAGAUUUAUGAACCUUAUAACCACCAAGUGACAAGGAGCAGAGAGUCCGGCUGGGUGGAAAAUGAGAUCUAUGGUUAUUAGGGCCAUGCAAUGUAGAGCUGCAAAAACCAAGCUGUUUAAUGUUUGAUCAGCCAUUGUGCCCUAUCUGCUGAGGGCUCCACCCCUCCUUCUGGAGACGGAGGUUCAAUUCCUGCAUGCCAAGCUGAUACAUUUUUGCCUGGACAGAAGACUCCAUUUUUCCUUUUGUUUCUGGUCAAUAGUACAUGGGGAAAUCCAGCCAAGAGCAGGGCGUGUGAGCAGACGCAUCUGUUAAUACCGAAACUAUUAGUGAAGAAUUGAACAUUCAGAUUUGUAAACCAUUGGGACAGAACCAAGUCCCAGAAGAAAGCUCAGUGUGAGUUGGGAAGAUGUGCUUCAGAUGUUUUGCAGCCUUUUUCAUGUCAAAGUCUAAAACCUUUUCUCACAGUUCCUGCUAUUUGGUGAGCUGGUGGGCAGCCUGCUCCGGGUAUCUGUCCACAAACUGCCUGACACCAAAAUGCAAACCGCAAAGAGCCGCAAAAUGCGGAUUGCUGCAAACACUGUGUCAAGGAUUAUUCGGACUUUCUCCCUGGGUGUGGGAUGGCUGCUUGUGAAACGCUAUCUCACUAAACACCAGCCCUGACAUUUCAGAAUCUCUUCUCAGAACUGAGCUGAGAAAGGACUUCAGUAACAGAAAUGGGAGGAGCAUAUUCAGCACAUCGAGACUGCUGCAAUUCAAUUAGAAGCUGCUGAUGUGUAUCUUAACUCCAUAUCCUCGGAGACCCUUUACCCAACAAAAAAAUCCAUCAGUCUCAGUUUUGAACACUUCAAUUCACUCGCAGUGUCCACAGCCACUUCUGGGAAAGAGAUCCAGGUUAUUAAAUCCAGGAUUUGUAUUAAUGCUUUGGACAGUAGAUUAAACAUUAGCAGUGACUGUUAGAAAACUCAGGGUUGAGUUUUGGGAUUAUGAAGUUGAUGGCUUUAAACAUCUAGAAUGUUCAAUGGAUUUUCCUCAUCUCAUUUUAGAAACUUAUUCAUAUUUUUAAAUUGCAUAAAUUAUUUUUUGCACUGGGAAUGAAUUUCUGUGGGUUUUUCUAUAAUGAUUUAGAGAGACUGGGCUGUGGGUCUGAGAAUGUUACCAGUUUCUUAAAAACUUCAGUUUGUUCCACAGACCAAUGAUGAAAUGACAGCAGACUACAACAGCUUUUCAGCUCUCAAAAAUUGUUUCUGUUGCUUUUGUAAAUUUCCCACUUGGGCUUCGUGAAAAUCACUAUUCUCUCCAGAAUCAGAAAAUAGAAAAUCAUUAAUGUCCCUAAAA